AUGAUCGCAAGAAAGAGAGCAUACAACGUGAUAAAACGACUUGCUAAAGAACCAGAGAUGCUUAAGAAAUACGGUAACAUUAUCAACGACCAAGAAAAUCGAGGUUUUAUAGAGAAGGUUGAGACCCCGGAUGAGACUACUAAUCGAGUAAACUAUAUUCCGCACCACCCAGUGAAAAAAGAUUCAUCGACUACACCGAUACGUAUAGUAUAUGAUUGCAGUUGUCGUCAAGAUACAGAAUCGCCAAGCUUAAAUGAUUGCCUUUCUUCUACACCGCCGCAGCUAAAUAAGCUAACAGAUAUACUGACAAGAUUCCGCUACGGGAAAUACGCCUUAACAACUGAUAUUGAGAAAGCAUUCCUCCAGAUUGGACUAGACGAAGAAGACCGCGAUUCCACCCGAUUUUUCUGGCUUAGAGAUCCAAGCAACCCCAAGAGUGAACUUGAGACUUACAGAUUCAAGGUAAUUUUAUUCGGAGCGACAUGUUCGCCAUUUAUUCUUAACGCUACAUUAUUGAAACAUUUAUCAACGGUUACAAGUACCACAGCUGAAAUACUCAAGCGAGAUUUGUAUGUAGACAACGUACUUACAAGUUUUAAUACGGAAGAAGCCGCCUUAAAUUUCUUUGAAAAAUCUAGAGAACUCAUGAAAAAUGCAGGAUUUUAUUUGAGAACAUGGAAAUCAAAUAGCAAUCAACUUAGCAACGAGGCUACAAAGGCAAACAUACUUGAUACAGAUAGCGAGACGAAAAUUCUUGGAAUGCGAUGGGAUGCGAAGUCAGACAUAUUGACAUUUGCGAAAUUAAAUGAAGAUCGUAAAGAUAUUGAUAAUUCACAAGCGACAAAGAGAGAAAUAUUGAGUUAA